AAUUGAUUUCAGGCAACUAGAACAGACGUGGCAAACAGAGGAUCGGAUAAGACGUUGUCUUCCCUCCGGCGAAAGACCACUAUAUAUACACACACAGCACAAAAUAAUCGAAUUGUACGUAUAGGCUGUUUAAAGCAAUGGGAGCAUCACCAUUGUCUCAAAUUAGCUGCUGCUACAGUAGCAGUAACUCCAUUUCAUCCCUCUCGCAACUCCACUCAUCGGACUUUCCCAGUCGGAAAUUAUCGCCGGCGUUUUCCGUUACCUGCGCAUUGUCACGGCGAGAGAGCAGCCGGAGAUUAGUCUCCGUCUCUCUGUUCUGUCUCUAUUGCACUUCAUCAAUUCCUAAACUUGCUGUGGCUGGUGGACUUGACAAGUACUUGAAAAGGAAAAAGCUCGACCCGCUAGAGGCUUAUGUUCCUGCCGUAAUAUUGACACAGUUGCAGAUUGAAGACUUGGGAAAAAUUCUGGACGUUGAUAAACCUCAGUAUGCUACAUACCGUAAUCUAUUACGAUCUGGCCCUGCAGCAUCUCUUCGUGUUAAUAUCCGAGCUGUGGCCCAAUAUGCAGCUGAGGCUGGAUAUGAGAAAACUGCUUACAGUAAUGUUGAUCAGUGCCUUGGUGCAUUGGAAGAACUAGAUUCAUUGCUUCUGCGUGCAUCAAGAAACGAUGGAGAAACAUCAAUUAAAUCAAUGAAGUUGAAGAUUGAUAUUGCCGUGGAUGCAUUGAACAGCCUUCUUAAAACUGUUCCCUCGGAGGUGCUCAGCAAAGGAAAGGAGGUAGCUGAUGCAUACUUGACCCCAGAAGAAAGUGUCCCAACUGAUAAAUUGGACCCUGGUUUGAAGCAGCUGGAAUCUAUAUUAUGAGGCUUCCCUAUAUGUACGAGUAUACAUAUAUGUACAAUGUAACAUACUAUAUCAUAAAGAAUCUCUAUAUGAAUAGAAGGUUAGUUGAGUUCGAUGCUGGAAAUAACAUCUUUUGUCUAUAUGAAUAGUUGCAUUUUUUAUUUGAA